AAUAAUAUAGCAAAGCAUGAAAUAGAAGAUAUAAGUACAUAAUCAAAUAUAUUCCAAAACAUAUUUGUAGAUUAAACAUUCCAAACGUAUCUUACUUUUUUAACGUUUAUUGAGUUUUAUAUCAAUUAUUUAGUUUUUGGGUUCAUAGUGAACAAUUUUGAUUUUAAGAUGAGCAACUUCAGUAAAUCUCUGAAUAAUUGCCCAAAUUCUGAUUUUAUAUUCCGAAAGCCUUGUUCAUAUAGUUCACCUGUAACGGAAACGGAAGAUGUGGAUGACCGGGAUGAUGAUAUGACGUUUUGCAUGUCAAAUUAUGCCAAAGAAGUUUUAAAGAUGAUGUUUAUGAUGAGAUCGCACAAUAUGCUUACAGAUGUUGUAUUAGAAGUGAAACAAGAGUUAUUUCCAGCACAUAAAGUAAUUUUGUCGGCUGCAUCACCUUAUUUUAAAGCUAUGUUUACCGGGGGUUUGAAGGAAUCAGAAAUGUCACGCGUUCAAUUGCAAGGGGUCUGUCCCACCGCCAUGGGUCGAAUAAUUUAUUUCAUGUAUACGGGGCAUAUACGUGUAACAGAAGUGACAGUCUGUCAGUUGCUACCUGCGGCAACAAUGUUUCAAGUGCCCAACGUUAUAAAUGCAUGCUGCGCAUUCUUAGAGAGACAAUUGGAUCCAACGAAUGCUAUUGGUAUAGCGAGUUUCGCAGAACAGCAUGGAUGUUCAGAUCUUCAGAAGAAAGCUAACUAUUUUAUAGAGAGGCAUUUUACACAGGUUUGUCAAGAAGAAGAGUUUUUACAAUUGUCCGCUUAUCAACUGAUUGCCCUAAUUCGGCGUGACGAAUUAAAUGUUCAAGAAGAACGGGAAGUAUAUAAUGCCGUACUUAAAUGGGUUAAAUACGAUGAAGAGAAUCGUUACCCGAAAAUGGAACAUAUACUUUAUGCAGUUCGUUGUCAGUUUUUGACACCCAAUUUCCUUAAAGAGCAGAUGAGAAACUGCGAUGUGUUACGGAAAGUGCCCGCAUGCCGGGAAUAUUUAGCAAAGAUAUUUAAAGAUUUGACUUUACACAAACGACCAAUUGUGAAGGAGCGAACACCAAAUACGACUCGAAUGAUUUUUGUAGCGGGAGGAUUUUUUCGACAAUCAUUAGAUAUUCUAGAAGCAUAUAAUGUGGAUGAUAAAACAUGGACAGUAUUGCCAAACUUGAGGAUUCCUCGAUCUGGCCUUGGUGCUGCAUUCUUGAAAGGCACUUUCUAUGCUGUCGGCGGGCGAAACAAUUCAAUUGGCUCUUCAUAUGAUUCUGAUUGGGUAGAUCGAUAUAAUACUUCGACAGAACAAUGGCGCCCGUGUGCUCCAAUGACAGUACCACGACACCGAGUAGGCGUGGCCGUAAUGGACGAAUUGAUGUAUGCAGUUGGCGGAUCCGCAGGUUCGGAAUAUCACAGUUCAGUUGAAUAUUAUGAUCCGGAUCAAGAUCGCUGGACACUGGUGCAACCUAUGCAUGAGAAACGUUUAGGUGUAGGAGUGGUUGUUGUAAAUCGCUUAUUGUAUGCAAUUGGAGGUUUUAACGGUACCGAUCGCUUAACAACAGUUGAAUGCUACCAUCCUGAGAAUAACGAAUGGACCUUUGUGCAACCGAUGCAGUAUGAACGAAGUGGUGCCGGUGUUGCUGCUAUAAAUCAAUAUAUUUAUGUUGUUGGAGGAUUUGACGGAACGCGCCAACUUUCUACGGUGGAACGGUAUGAUACCGAAAAUCAUGUUUGGGAACUAGUAGCACCAGUGCGAAUUGCUCGGAGUGCUCUGUCACUUACUUCCUUAGAUGGAAAAUUAUAUGCUAUUGGAGGAUUUGAUGGUACAAACUUUCUUUCUAUUGUCGAGGUAUAUGAUCCAAAAACUAACACAUGGGAACAAGGUACCCCUCUUAAUUCGGGACGUUCCGGCCACGCUUCCGCCGUCAUAUAUCAACCGUCUUGUGCUACAAAUUUUAUGGAUUGUAUAGAUAUUGGAACAUCUAAGCGGGAUGGCAGUGAUCCUUGUCAUGAUGAAACAUCAGGAAGUAGUAGUAAUAACCAAACAGGAUUUGAUAGUGCCAAAAAUGGAGGUUCUUGCUUCCACUUUCAUACAACUUUUGGUGGAAGUAGCUGCAAAAAUUGUGACCCUAGAGAAGAUAUUAAAAAUGAAAGUUGUAAUGAAUAUAACACUAGUUUAUUAUCUUUUUUAGAAAAUUUUUUGUAUAUGUAUAUACUAAAAAAAUCCUUCAAUUCGAUAUCAUCGUUGGGCUUCUCGGUGCUUGUUUCGAAGCAAAAUUGUAAUUAUAGUGAAUAUUGUUAUCAUUUACCUGUUUUGCUAAGAUAUGUAAAAACAAAAGUUAGUGACCAUGAGUUUUAUCGGUAUUUUCAUGAACUACGGGAAAGGCAUUGUAAAAAACAUAUUAUAAUAUGAGGCAUAUGUGGACUUUCUAAAUUUUGCUGAGUGUAUGUAAUAAUUACGUUAUGAAUGUGUAGUAGGUAAAACGUAUUUAUAUGUGAUAAUCUUUUUUUCAACAUAUGAUAAUUGUGUGGUUGAAUCUUUAUUAAUAAAAAAAUGUAAUACACAAUC